AUGGCUGCUGCCGCUGCCAGGCCUACUCAUCCGAUUACUGAUGCGUCUGGUUACCUCACACUGUCGUCCCCUCCUUCGAACGGGCAAUCCUCCCCAUCCGGAUCCAGGCGGCCUUCCCACGCUGCAACCUUUUCCUCAUACUCGGAUACAACCGCUACUGUGACGACCGGAAACACCAAACCCGAAUCUGGGAGCGGUAAGAAAGUUUCGGGUGGUAUCUUGGGUGUUCCAUUUUUACGACGUACCACCUCUCCCCAACCGCCGGAGAAACGGACGAAUACGAACUCCGGUACCGGUGGUAGUCUGUCUGGCCUAAUUCCUACUGGCAGCAACCCAAGCGCCCUCAGCCAAUCCUCUCACUCGGAAGCUCGUCCCGCUACAUCUGGAGGGGAAGCUGGUCGUGUAUCCGAGGAUCGAAACCAGCGCCCUGCACGUUCGUCUGUUGGAACCUCGGAUGGCAGUGAUAUAGCUGCUGCGAUAUCACCAAAGGUAGUCUCUAGCGAACACAAUGCUAAACCUUGGCCAACUAUUUUGACUGAGACUCGUGCACAGCCGAUAAUCACUUCCGAAAGCGGCGUGAACGCGGAUGGGACUAUAAAAACAACCAUAACACCGCCCACACCCACAGAUUCGCAGCACUUUCCACUAAAGAGUCCAGUUGGCGCGGUACAAGCUGGGGACAGCGGUAUGAAGAAGAGGAGUAGAGCGAAUUCCUUGAGUAAUGCUCCUAGCAAGCUGUCCCAGAGUAUGACAGCGCCUCUGACUCCUACGAUUGAAGGUGGUGCUACUCCGGACACAAGUCCACAACCCGGCCUAGGUAACAACACGAGCGGCGGAUUCUUUCAGUCCAUGUUUUCAGUUGCACAGAAUGCGGCGACAACCCUGGGUAAUGCUGUCGCUAAUGCCAACGCUACAAACACUGCCGGUGGGAUCCGGUCGAGAAGUGGAACAGGGGCUUCGGAGACCGAAAGGGAAAUGGUGCAGCAAGGCGGGGGCUCCGGCUCCGAAGCAGAGAGGAGCGAGCCGCAGAAGCGGCCUGCAGUCGAGACGUUGGGCCAGGGUGAGCUUAGCUUGGGCAGUUUGGGCAUACUCCCCAAUUCGCAAAAAUCGAGCGCGCCUCCUAGCGAGGGUCGGCCCUCGAGGUCGGCAAGUGUUAUCAGUCAUGGGGCAAACUCGGAGACCGGAGAUAAUCGCGUAAUCCCCGGGAGCGGUGGAACCGUGCUGCAAACUGGGGUUCCCGCCAUUCCGGUUCACCGGGCGGGGUUUGUUGAUGGGAGUCUUGACGAUGAAGCUCUCCGAUCUCUGGACUCUGCUGUCAGCUCUCGCGGCGGGUUCGAGACCGCUGUGGAAAGCGCUUUCAACAGCCCCGUUGUCCCCGGCGGCUCUGGUGGUCUGGAAAUUUUAAGGAAAACACCAGUGGCGGAAGACUCCGCUUUCGCGGGCCGAGACGGCGACCAUGCCCCGGAGAAGAGUGUUUUAAGUCCUCCCGACGAUCGGGACGAUACUUGGUCCGGCGAUGUUGACCGGCGGAGAUCUGGCAGUGUGAGAAGCGGUGGCCGGCGAAAACGUGGGUCCUCUGCGGCUUCCGGUGCAAACCCACAGCCGGUGCCUAGGCCUACCGGAUUCGCUGUUGCGCCCAAGAGACGUAACCGGGAAUUUCACGAGAUGUUCAGGUCUGUGCCUGAGGAUGAUUAUCUGAUAGAAGAUUACGGAUGUGCUCUGCAAAAGGAGAUACUGCUUCAGGGUAGGCUGUACGUUUCCGAAGGACACAUAUGCUUUUACUCCAAUAUUUUCGGAUGGGUCAAUACUUUGAUUAUCAGCUUUGAUGAAAUUGUCAGCGUCGAAAAGAAGAAUACUGCUAUGCUGUUUCCCAAUGCCAUUGUUAUUCAGACGCUUCAUGCGCGAAAUGUCUUUGCAAGUUUCAUAUCCAGAGAUAGUACAUAUGAUCUUAUCGUUGGUAUUUGGAAGAUCGGACAUCCGCAACUUGUUGCUGGCGCUACCGGGGUUAGGCUUGAGGAUGGCGGAGAUGCUGAGGAGGGUGAUCCGGUGGAUGGAGUGAGCGAAUACGAGGAGGAGGAUGGAGGCGAUGACGAAUACGAGGAUGCUAGCAACGACGAACUGGAAGAGAGUUACACAGAUGCGGGCGAUGUGACGCUUUCCGACGAUAAGGGCAAGAACGCGAGUGGGGGAUCCAAGUCGGUAAGCAGAAAGGCUAGCCAAGCAGUUUUAGGUGCGUCGGGUGGGGACGGUAGCGGUGCGGUGGUGGACUACCCUGGGCCCCAGACUCAUCCCCCAACAUCCUGCAAUGACGACCACUACGAUAGGCCUCUUUGCGAUGAUAUCAUUUCUGCUCCGCUCGGUAGGGUCUACUCCCUCAUCUUUGGUCCCGCCAGUCUUCCAUUUAUGUCCCGGUUCUUGGCGGAUGAAGAGAAGGUGCUUGAGCUCUCAAUCCCGGAUAAGGGCGAGUGGAUCGACGGGCCGGACGGGAAAAAGACUCGCAGUUUCUCCUACAUCAAGCCUCUUGGCGGCGGGAUCGGGCCGAAGCAGACAAAGUGCAAUAUCACAGAGACUCUAGACAAUUGCGACCUGGAGGACCAUGUCAUUGUUACCGCUACCACCCAAACACCCGACGUCCCUUCCGGAAACGUGUUCAUGGUCAAAACCCGGUACUGUCUUAUGUGGGCGGACGACAAUCGAACGAGACUUGUGGCAACCUGCACAGUCGAAUGGUCCGGGAAGAGUUGGCUUAAGGGUAGUGUAAUCCCCCUCAAAAAUAAUUACCGGUGCCGUGCUAACUAGCCAUCCCCAGGCCCAAUCGAAAAAGGAGCCAACGACGGCCAGAUCGCAUACAACAAAAACCUCCGCGUCGCGCUAAAGAGGGAAGUCGAACCGAGAGAGCCUAUCGGCAAACGGUCCGGGAACAAGAUCAAGAAGCGCAAGAAGGACCUGAAUGCUAAGGGUGAAGCCAUCGGCCGUGCCGCCGGCGGAACCCUAAAAGGCCGGGAGGCGCAAGCCGCCGGCUUUGAAAGCCCCACGGACCAGGCCAGCUGGGGCGUAUUCGCUCCACUGAAGGCAUACCUGGGGCCCGCAGCGGACAUCAUCAGCCCGCUGAUUGGCGGCGCACCAGGGCUUGUCGCGAUAUGCCUCGUCCUGACGGUAUUCUUUUGGUGGCAAAGUCGUAAUGCCUACUCCCGUCGUGCUGAUGCGAUCGCCGGUGGUGGUUCAGGCGUGCAUCGUCCACACCAACACUGGGACACCCUCUGGCGCUCGGAGGAAGACGGACUAUGGGAGUGGCUGGAGGACCGCGUCGGGAUCAACGAAGUCGUCGCCCCCCCCUCCGGCCGCGCGAGUUCUUUCGAGAAGAUUGUGCGGUCGAGACAUGAAGGUGCGGGUGCUGGCCUGGCGCAGGGUAUGAAACGUCGGGAGGUCGAAGAUGCGAUCGGAGUUAUGGAGGAGCGGUUGGCGAUACUUCGGAGGGUGGUUGAGGAUAGGAGGUAUGGUGAUGGUACCGAUUGA